CCCCAACCCAUCGGAGGCCUUCUGGCACCACGUGGCCCAGGGAGCUGACCUGCAGGAGACUUCCCGGCAGGCCCGGCCCCACGUGUGCCCCGUCUUGUGCAGGCUGGCCAAUGCAGCCAUUGUCCUUCACGCCGGUCCCAGCCCCCCCCCCCCCCAGGCCAGGGCUGGGCGGCUGCACCCAGGAACACCCGAGGGCCUCUGGCCUGCCGAGGGCAAGCGUGCAUCUGCUCUGCCGGCCUCUGGAAGGCACUGUCCUGUCCCAGCCACCGUUCUGCCUCUAGCCCUGCUGCUCCCUGCAUACCCCGGCCCCUCUAGCUGCCAGCAGCGCCCACCCCCCACCCCACGGUUGCCAUGAGAACCAGACACACAGAGGGAGGCGGGGGUGGUAGCCAGGCCAUCCCCCUUUCGGUCUGGAAAGCCUCCCCUUCCCCAGUUCCUGUGCCUAGACUAGUCGGUUUCUCACCCUGGAGGCUGCAGGCAGGGGCUGGGGACCAGGCACCAAGCUGACGUGGUAAGGACUUCCUUCAGCCCACAGCCUACAAGAUCUCCUGUCCUCGUGGAGCCCAGUAAAUGUGCGGAUCAGGCUGACACGAAAUGAACUUGCCCAGGGCCCUGGAUCUAAUGGACCUAUGCGGGGCAGGUCUUGGCCUUUGGAGCCAAGGGCAUCCAUGACUCAACCCUCCGCAGUUGGACGGUUCCCCAGCUCAGCAUCUGGUUUGGGAGGGGCUGGUGGGACUGGAGAAUGGAGAUCACCACGUGGUUUGUAAGUGGCCCACGUGCAAACCUGCCCAGGGCAGUGACAGUCCUCCACGCACCUCGACUCUGAUCCCAGGGAGCCUAGGAGCGUGCCCCUGCCCUGUAGAGCCCCAGCAGCCUGGGGACAGGAGGGCUGCAGGCCCCACUCAGCCGUGCCCAUCUGGCCCCAGGAACCUUCAGAGCUUGGCACCUCCGGCCUGGCAGAGCGGAGCAGGGCCCAGCGGGGCUGGGAGCAGCCCAUCUGCUCCUGUGAGGCCUCAGCGGAGGUGUGAAUUCCGGAGCUUGGGGCUCCUCCAGGGUCCUGCUCCGAGGCCACCGCCAAGCCACCAGGUGCCCCCGGGGUGGGGGCUGGCGGGACCGGCAGGCUGCUCCCUGCCUGUGGGUACCCCGGUUGGAGCCCAGGCCCGCACCCUGAGAACGAGGGAGCGCUUUUCAGCUGGCGCUCGGCACAGCCCAACCAACUGCCAGCAGGCCACACGGGUCCCAGGCCCACCGCACGGCCCCUUUAAAUGCGGCCCCGCCGGCCGCCGCCAGGGGCAGCACUGAGCAGCCGGCGGCCUCCGCGCCGCUGCCUCGAAGCUUCUGCCGGUGCCGGGGACGCCGCGGAGCGGAGAAGGCGGAGCGGGCGCAGGCCUGCGCAGCCCACCGGGCGCGCGCGGCGGGGAAGCAGCGCCCAGGUGCUUCUGACGCCGGCAUGGAGCAAGUGCCUGGGGCCUCGGCCACCGCGGGCAGCCAGGACUGCUCCGCCCACUGGGUCCCAGGUAAGUCAGGCCAGCGUAGGGGUGUAGCCAGCUCUGGGCUGCAGAGGGGUCACCCUGACCCGCAUCUCCCACCAGGGCAAAAGCCCGGAAAGGCAGAGUGAGCUGCGACCGCCAGCCUGGGGACCUCUUUUAAAAUGACCCGCACGGACCCGCCGGACCUGUUGGUGUCGACCGUGUACCAGGACAUCAAGGUGGCGGCCCCCGGGCCCGCGUCGCGGCGCCCGCCAUGUGAGCGCCCCGUGCCCCCGCCAGCUGCGCCCGCGCCUUUCAACAAGCGCCACUGUCGCAGCUUCGACUUCCUGGAGGCGCUGGACGGGGAGGCCAUGGAGGCCCGACCCGAGCCGCCGCCCCCGGAGCCGGCCGCGCCGCGCGCCCGGCCCCGCGAUGGCGAGCCCCGGCGCCGCGCCCGCUCCAAGAGCGCGCCCCGCGCGACCCCGGGCCUGGCGCCCGCGCCCGCCUCGCCGCCGGUGCUGCCUCGCCGAGGCCGGGAGGCCCAACGGACAGCGCGGGGCGAGGCAUCGCCGCAUCGGGAGCCCGCGUACCCGGCGCUGCGCGCGCUCGCCAAUGAAUUGCACCCCAUCAAGCUGCAGCCGCAGCGGGGCGGCCCCGGCCGCAUCGCGCCCCUCUGCGCCGCCACGGGCCGCUGCGCGCCCCCCGAGCCGCCCGCCGGGCCUGCACCCCACGUCCGCUGCCGCCUGGACAUCAAGCCUGACGACGCGGUGCUGCAACACACCGCCCGGGGCUCGCGGUCCUGCGGGCCCGCGGAGACCAUGCCCUGGGCACGCCCUGCCCCGCAGCUCCACGGCCUCACGGUGCCCGGACCUCGCCACGUGGCGCUGUCGCGCACCCCCACCCCCAGUGACACGUACUGCGCGGAUCCGCGAGCGCUGUACUGCGACGGUCCCCUGCCCGGGCCCCGGGACUAUACGGAGCGCCGAAGUCUGCCCUUCACCACGCCGCCGGGUCCCACCCAAUUCUUCUACACCGAGGAGCCCGAGAGCCACGCUGGUGGCUUUACGGCCAGCCCUGGGCUGCCCUUCGACGGCUACUAUGCCAGGCCCUUCCCGUCGGAGGAGCCCCCUGUGCCCAGCCCAAGGCGCGGCGGCGGCGGCGGCUACUACGCAGGUGAAGUGCGCACCUUCCCGGUCCAGGAGCCGCCCUCCCGUUCCUACUAUGGGGAGGCCGCUCGAGCCUACGGCCCGCCCUACGGCCCGCCCUGUGGCCCCCGCUAUGUUCCCGAGGAGCCGCCGCGGGCCCACCCCGCUCUCCGCCCCUUUUACACAGAGGACUUCGGGCGGUACCGCGAUCGCGACGUUCUAGCUCGGACUUACCCACACCCACGAGGCAGCCCCGCCUGGGGUGACUGGGGCCUGCGGCCUUACCGCACCCUGCAGGUGGUGCCUCCCCCGGACCCUGGCCCAUUGCUCGCCUCUUGGCACGGCGGCACCGGCACCAGCCCGCCCCGGUUGGUCACUGACAGCCGCCACUACUCGCGCUCCUGGGACAACAUCCUGGCGCCGGGGCCGCGCCGGGAGGACCCCCUGGGCCGCGGCCGCAGCUACGAAAACCUGCUGGGGCGAGAGGCGCGGGAGCCGCGAGGCGCAUCCCCCGAAGGCCGGCGCCCGCCCGUCGUCGUGAACCUCUCCACCUCGCCCAGACGCUAUGCGGCGCUGUCUCUGUCCGAGACGUCGCUGUCGGAGAAGGGCCGCGCGGGCGAGGGCCCGGGCCGCAACUGGUAUGUCACGCCUGAGAUCACCAUCACCGACAACGACCUGCGAGCCGGGGAGCGACCGCCAGCCAGGGCCUGGGAGCUGCCGGGAGGGCGACCCCGGCCGUCUCCGCCCGCCGCCCCAGAUGGGCCCACUGGUGGCCGCCAGCGAAGCCUCGAGCAACUGGACGAGCUCAUCACCGACCUGGUCAUCGACUCUCGGCCCCCCGCGGGCCAAGCCCCGGAGCCCGCGGCCGAUGGACUGGGCCGCCAGCUGCGCCGCCUGCUGGACUCCAGGCCCGCGGGCUCCGGGGCACCCGCGCUGGCGCCGCGCUCGCCACCCGCGUCCGCCGGCAGCGCCGAGGAGCCGGCCGGCCAGGGGCAGGCUGCCGACGCGUCCCCGGAGCCCAGCGCCGACGAGGACGACCUGAUGACGUGCUCCAACGCACGCUGCCGGCGCACCGAGACCAUGUUCAACGCCUGCCUCUACUUCAAGUCCUGCCACAGCUGCUACACCUACUACUGCUCGCGCCUGUGUCGCCGCGAAGACUGGGACGCGCACAAGGCACGCUGCGUGUACGGCCGCGUGGGCAGCGUGUGCCGCCACGUGCUGCAGUUCUGCCGCGACAGCGGCCCCGUUCACCGCGCCUUCUCGCGCAUCGCGCGUGUCGGCUUCUUGUCGCGCGGUCGCGGCGUGCUCUUCCUGGGCUUCCCGAGCCCUGGCUCUGCAGACAACUUCCUGCGCUUCGGCCUCGAGGGGCUGCUGCUGUCGCCCACCUACCUGUCGCUGCGCGAGCUGGCCACGCACGCGGCGCCCCUGGGCAGCUACGCGCGCGAGCUGGCCGCCGCCGGGCGCCUCUACGAGCCGGCCGAGUGCUUCUUGCUCAGUGUGUCGGUGGCCGUGGGCCCCGGCGCCACGCCCCCCGGCACCUCCGCCCGGCCCGCCCCCGCACCGCGCAGCCCCGGGCCCACGGUGCGUAAGUUCGCCAAGGUGGCGUUGGCGGCCGGCAGCCCGGCUCGACCGCCCCCGGCUCGAGGUCGCGAGGCCGACAUGGAGACGCUGAUCCUGACUCCGCCGCCAGGCACCGCAGGCCUGGACCAAGAAGGCGAGGCAGGCCGGCGCGCGCGCGAGGUGGCCUUCAUCCACAUCCAGCGCGAGCUGCGGCUGCGCGGCGUCUUCCUGCGCCACGAGUUCCCGCGCGUCUACGAACAGCUCUGCGAGUUCGUCGAGGCCAACCGGCGCUUCACGCCCACCACCAUCUACCCCACGGACCGGCGCACCGGCCGCCCCUUCAUGUGCAUGAUCAUGGCUGCCUCCGAGCCGCGCGCACUCGACUGGGUGGCCAGCGCCAACCUGCUGGACGACAUCAUGUGAGCGGUGGGGUCACCCCCGGCCUCCGCCCAGCCCGCUCAAACCCCGCCCAGUCCACAUUGGGCCCACCCCCGGGCUCCACCCAGCCCGCUCAGGCCCCGCCCAGUCCACGUUGGGUCCACCUCCGGGCUCCGCCCAGCCCGCUCAGGCCCCCGGCCAGUCCACAUUGGGCCCACCCCCCCCGGGCUCCGCCCAGCCCGCUCAGGCCCCGCCCAGUCCACAUUGGGCCCACACACCCCCUCCGGGCUCCACCCAGUCCACACUGGGCCCACCCCUGGGCUCCGCCCAGCCCAUUCCACAUUGGGGCCUCCCCGGGCUCCGCCCAGUCCGCCUAGGGCCCACCCCCGAGCUCUGCUCCGCCUACUCAAGACACCGACCAGUCCACCCAAGGCCCACCCGGAGCCCCACACAGCCCUCUCUGGGCCUGCGCAGUCCACCUAGGGCCCACCCCCAAGCUUUGCCUGCCCACCCAGACCCCGCGCAGCCCACCAGGAGCCCAGCCCAAUCCCUCAGGCCAGGCCGUGCUCCUCUCGUCUUUCUUCUGUUUGCCACAAGCUCUGCCCAGGUCCCGCCCCAUUGAGUUCGCCACAGGCCCCGCCUUUCAUUCCCCCUCCUCCGGCUCCCAGCUCCCAGCCAGCCCUGGGGCCUCCCGGGAGGUCGGUCCUCAGCCGCUUGGUGCUCCCCGCUGGGAGGCGGGGUGGGCCUGAGGACCGCCCGACCCUGCCUUCACGCGGAGGGGUCACUACUGCAGACCCCACCGCGAAGAUCCGGUCAGUCCAUUUCCUGACGUCCGCAAAGCCUCCCUGCAACCUCCCCAACCCUGGUUCGCCCUGAUCCAGGAGCCCCGGUUGCCCAAAGCCUCGUCCCGUCGCUUCAACGGUCCCCCGACCCGCCUUCUGUGGUUUAGGGUGCAUCCUGCUCAGAGGCCUUUCCUCUCUGGCGGACACCCUGAUUAGUCCCAGUGUGUUCGUGUCCCGAGAUGACAAGGCUGGAGGGGGCCCCAGCAAGAUAAGAGCACGGCUGGACCCUGAGGCCGCACACUGGCGACGGAGUCCACACAUUGGCGACGCUACCCGCCCUCCGGUCCUCUCACCUCCAGCCGCCCUAACAUGGGUCCUACAGGAGGGUUUGGAACAAGCAGCAGUGGAGGGGGAUAGUCGGAGGUCUUCAACCAAGGCACAACACACCCAGACAGAGAGAGGGGCCUGGGCGGGGUGGGCGGGAGGAUGUGGGUGGGGGCGCUGGCAGGAUCCGGCCCAGAGCUGAGAGGUGAGGAGUCCUAGCUGUGUGUGAGUCGGCUGCCGGCCCACACGGACAGAAGGCCCCCUAGGUGGGUGCCAGAACAGAGAGGGGGUGAAACCGGCAGCGCAGGCCCUAACCUCACAGGGAGGAGGGAAGCAAAUGCAGAGGGCGGAUGAACAGGAGGAACCACACAUGCCCAGAAGGGGCUCGUACCCACUAACGUAGGGAGGACAAAAAGAUUGGACUGCGGGGAAAGGGUGUCGGAGUGAGCCAGUUGAUCAGGGCAGGGGACGACUGGAGGUGUGGGGGCUUGACUACACGAACAUCCCGCGUGUGCUCGCUCUGGCCUUGCCCUGUGCUGAGGCCUGGAGACCCGAGGCAGGGGACUGGGCUCUGUUCCCAGGAGCACACACUCAUUGGCCCACAGCCCUAGCUCCAUAAGGACAGAGUGAGAGGGGACCAGGCCGGCCUGGCAAGCUCCUCCUGGGGCUCCCAGCACUCCCUAACGGGGCCAGGAGAGGACAUCAAUUGAAUUGUGAACGUCCCCCACACCUCUGUUCCCGGCUCUCCUUCCGUGCCAUGCACCCUAGCCCAUCCCACAACGUCUGCGCGCCAACCUUGGCCUAUCAGCCUAGCGCGUUUGCAUCGGCCACGCGCCCCGCUUGCCCUACCCGCCUUCGUGGCCUCCCAAGUCCAGCCGCCAUGCCCCCUGCCCUAGGGCCUCAGCUUUCAGCCCCACGCCUGAGGGCCGGCUGGCCAGGAAUGAUCCUGGCUGGACUGGGAUUAUUUCCAGGGGGCGAAUGCUUUCAAACCAAGUAAAACAACUCGAAUGUA